AUGUCCGCACGCUCAUUACUUGCUCUACUCGCCGCAUCGGCACUUCCUAGCGUACAGAGCUUGGCCAUUCGUCAGUCAGAGACCCCAGUAUGGCUUACACUCCCACCUACGCCAGCAUUACCGGCUCCAAUCACGGAGGUAAAGACGCCAGUCGACGGCGUUGAGCUCUGGAUGCAACAGUACAACGAAGAAGCCGGCAGUACUCCUAUUGUCAUGAUCCAUGGAGGCUUAGGAUACUCGGCGUAUUUCGGCGCCGUCAUAUCUCGCCUGAUCGAGGGUGGUCACUAUGUCAUUGCCGUCGACCGCAGAGGCCACGGGAGAAGCACAUUCAAUUCCGCGGAUGUGUUUACGUUCGACAUGUUUGCACAAGAUACCUUUCAGUUGCUUAGCCAGAAGGGUAUCAGCAAAUACAACAUCGUCGGUUGGUCGGACGGAGCCGCCACAACGCUGGCGGCAUUGCUGAACAGCACGAUUGAAGCGCAUAUCGAGCGAGCCUUUGUCUUUGGAGGCUUCUCUGUACCCGAGGAUACGAAUGCGACAUUCACCGACACCGCGAUAUAUAGCGAGUUUGUAUCGCGUUGCCAAACAGAAUACAGCACGCUGCAGCCAACUGCCAACUUCACCGAAUUUGCGACAAAGGUGGGGACGUUGGAAGCAACCCUUCCACAAUGGACCGAUGCAGACCUUGCAGAGAUCAACGGCAGCAAAGUCACCAUCGCAGGCGCAGAAUAUGAAGAGGCUGUCAAUCGGGAUGUUGCCCCACGGUUGAACAAGGCUAUCAUUGGAAGUAACCUGGUCAUACUGAAGAAUGUGAGCCAUUUUGCGCCUCUGCAAGACCCUGACCAGUUCACAAAGGCCGUUGAAGACUUUCUACUAGUAUAG